AUGGAUGCCCAAUUGAGACGGAUGUGCACGCCCAAGCUCCGCACCGGGCGGGCAGACGUUUCAAAGGAAGUGAUGGAGAAGUGGAAGCUGGGGGGGGAGAGCCGCCGUCAGUUGCUGGACACUUUGGUGGAGGUCAACGGAAACAAAGAGGCCUUCAAGAAAAGCAUGGAGGUUUGCUUUACCAAGGGCCGCAAGAAUACCAUCUGUAUUUCUGCGGGCUGGUAUUCGAAGGACCGCAUGAAGACUGUUCUUGGAUUCAGCAAGCAAAGAGUAAAGGCUGUUGUGCACUACUGCAGCGCAUCGGAGCGGAAGAAAACGCUCACCCGGUGGGACAAAUAUGAGAAGAACGUGAGAGAGUACUGGGUGACUGAGCAGGAGAGCGGAUCCUUCGAAACCACCGACGAGCAGACACUCCGCGAUACAACCGUGGUGGCCGAGAACGCUGAGACCAAUCAGCUGGACUUGGCACCCCCACCAUCCGGCCCGUUGUCGGCGCCAGCGCACACCUCGGAUGAGGAGCAAAGCAUGAGCGAGGACGAGGCGGCGGAAAACAUCUCGAUGGUGAUGGACCAGGUGCUGAAGCAGCAGGCGAAGCUGGAGGCCACAGCGGGCAAGCUGGCCUUGCUGGAGACCGACUCAGCGAAGAGGCGCCACAGGGCUCUGAAGGGCUUGGAUGUGCACGUUGGCAAGCUCAUGGCGGGCCACGAUCAGCUUGCCAACUACAAGGAGUACAACCAAAUCGUGAAGGAAGUGGAGAUCAGGACCAUUUUGAAGAACGUGAAGAAGGACUGUGAGAAGCCCAAGCCGAAGCAGCCGAAGGAGCCGAAGGAGCCGAAGGAGCCGAAGGAGCCGAAGGAGCCGCAGGAGGGCAGGUGCUUCUUCGUCCACAUUGCCGGCGGCGAAGCAUCGCAAGAUUGGGCCUGUGGGGCGAGCGAUUGCGCGGGCAGUGACAGCUACACCAAAGUCAUCGGCGCUUGGGCUUCGAUCGGAGAUGCCAAGGAGGCCCAGGAGUGGUUCGCUCGCAUGAUGGAGGAGGAGAAAGCCACUCCACAGGCUUUGGCCUUCCUGGUGGAUGCCCUGGUGCUGGUGAGCGGCGAUCAGCAUGAGCAGGCCGCCAAAGCCGAAGAGUGGAUCGAGAAGUUCAGGAGCACUGGCAAGGAGCUGACCGCCAAGGUCUACGCAGCCCGCGCCUCUGCAGACGUGAUGAACGGUGACUUUGAGCAGGUGGAGGCGCGCAUGCAGCAGAUGGAGGCCGACGGCCUCGAGAUCGACGAGGAAGCUCUGACUGUGCUGCUGCUGGCCUACGGCUACGCCCAGCCGCAGCAGACCUUGCUGGCCGAGCAGAUGUUUAAGCAACAGAUGCUCCGGGGGAAGGUCCGCGCCACACAGGAAGUCUUGCAGGCGUUGCGAGUGGCCGUGGGCGGUGGCCGCUGCUUGCAGCUCAGGCGCGAGCUGCAAAUUGGCACGAGCCAGAAGUCGCCGGCAGAAGCCAUCGACUGGGCUGCCAAGUCUCCCGCGGCCAAGAACCGCAAGCCUAAAGGCAGAAGCCGAAUUUGGAAGAGUUUCCUGCCGCCCCCGGAGCCUGCGAAACGCCUGAAGUGGGAAUGA